GUCCGUUCCAACUCUAAGGAGGAGAAUUCUACGAUUCUGUGAAAAGCUUUAGAAGGAGGAAAACUACAACUGGAUGCCACAGAUUCUGAGAAGAUAUCAGAAUACAGAAAGCAGCUAGAAGUUUUCUCUUUCCAGAUUUGUAUUAACAAUUUGGCUCUUUCAAACAAAAUAGCAAGUCCUCUGCAACUCCGUGUAGCAUUCUUGGGACCUACACUGAGGCACUGCUGAACUGGCUGUAAGAAAAGUACAGCAGAUAGGAAAAGUAGAGACAGCAUGGGGAAAUUUUGUUUAGUGCUCAGGUGCUCUGCACCUUCCUUUGCUUGUGAGAUGUUGUUCAACUUUCACAGCAUGUUUCCACUUUCCCACUCCAGCUCCAGCAGAAUCUACUCCCACUGCUCCCCAGUACACUCUAGAUUUCCAUAGCCUUUGUCUCUGCAGAGGCAGCAGGUUUUUCUUCCUCCAUUCUAAAACACCAUCCCACCUUCUCAUUCCCCUUCCCCCAUGACAUUGUUUCUUCUUUCCUUGCUACCCCUGAGGCUACAGCUUUUUUAACUGUAAAAAAGUUGAAGGUGACUCUGUGGUGAGGGCUAAAGUUUCGCUCUUGGGGAUCUGACAGGAAGCUUACACACACUCUUACCCAAUCCUGGCCUUCCUGCUGUGUUCAGCUUCAACCAAUCUGCCAACUCAUUAACCGCCAGCUGCUCUGCCUUGAAACCAGCACUUUGCACACUCCUUAUUGGGACAUAUUAAACUGGUGCAAAACUCAUCUGAAAAGCACCACUUGGCCAAGCCUGACAUCGGGUGGGUGGUAUGACUCAUGAAAUGAGCACCCACUCUGUGCCUCAGCACCUAAAUCUGUAGAGAGGGAAUCACGCUCAAAAUGUCGUGUCUUGAUGGAGGGAAGGAAGAGCAAUUCAAAAGGAGCUCACCUCCCAUAGUUAGCAAUCUGGUUCAUUUCAUGAGAACCACAUUUUAUUUCCUGCUAGAUUUGAGGGAUGUUUUUUUAUUUUUUAUUUUUUAUGUAGAAAUUGGGUUCUCACUCCUUGCCCUUCAGACUAGUCUAUUUCUUAUUUUUCAUCAAGGAGCUGCAAUAAUUAUAGGCAACUGAUCAUGAGCCCCAACAAACCACACUGCAACUGACAAUUUGCAGAGCUGUGGUGUAUUCCAUACUGUUCCUGACAAGACCUCUAUGUAAGGGCAAGGGAUUCCCUAGCACAGAAGCCAGCUUGCCAGCUCUGCAGAUGAGAAAUCCCCAUAAACAGAAACUUUCAGAUAGCCACUUAGGAAAAGAGAACACAAUCCAAUAUGAUGUAUCCCCAGUGCUAAAGCUAUUUCUCUCCUCAAGGGGGAAAUUCAGGACAAGAAUGUGGAACCCUGGCUCCAGAGAUAAAUGCAGUCCCACAGUCAUUUAGUGUUGUCAGAUGCUACUAAAUCUGAGGAAGGAAUUGAACAACAGAGCCAAGGACAGUCAAAGAGGCUAUGCUGGGGCAAAACUCUUCAGCUUUGCCAAAUCCAAAAGAGCAGUUACAAAAAGCAGAAAGGAAGUUGAUCUCAAAAGAGGUUAUACAUAGGGGAUAGAUAAUGGCGAUCAGAAACUCAACUAUGUUGGUACAUCACUAUAUAGCAGGAGUCUGGCUGUGUUUUGGAAGCUCUGAAGGUAUUCUCAAAGUGAUUAUUACCAGUAGAGUUUUUUUAUCCAGAAGGCUUGAGUUUAAAUUUUCAUUUAAAAAAAACGUUUAUACCUACCUAAGUAUAUUAGGUAGGACACCAAUUAUAGGAAUAUAUUGUCUUCAACCAGAAAAAAAAGAAAAGAAAACAAAGAAAUUCUUAGCCUAUUAGGAAAUCUGUUAUUAUGUAGAACUUUUUCCACCUUCUUAAGUAGGAUUCUCCUAUAUAAGAGGUACAGCUAUCUCCAUCAUUAGCAAGAAGAAAUGCAUGUAAACUAGAAAUAGAAGAUACUCAGGAGGUAUGGGGAAAGGAAGGCAAUAUCACUUGCAUAGGAUAUAACAUAUGGGAAAGUUCUUUCACAAUGUAAUUUCUCCUUUUCUCUUGUAAAUCCUUUUUUUAAGAUGCAUCCCUGCAUAUAGAUUUAGUGUUGACUGUUAUGUGGAGGGUUUUUUUUAUCUGCGUAGUAUUUAUUUUUAAUGCCUCUAAGUCAUUCACUGUUAACCUAAAUAAACUCAUAUGUCUGUUGCUUUCUCCCCCCUUUCUCUGCAACUCUCUAUAACAUCUCAAUUUUUCUCUUGAUGCCCUUACUCUCUGUUGCUACCUGCUCCCCCUACUAUUCUUUUCUCUCAAAGGUUUCCUAUUUGCCCCGGAUGUGCCUACAGUACUCCUCUCCACCACAGCCCAGUUCUGAUGAGGAGGACAUUGAGAGACAGAGCCCGCCACUGGAGGUAUCAGAUGGGGAGACUGAUGGUGUGGACCCUGGGCCUGGAAUCAUGCAUGGCGAAACAGGCAGCAAGAAAAAGAUUCGUCUGUAUCAGUUCCUUCUGGACCUUCUUCGCAGUGGAGACAUGAAGGACAGCAUCUGGUGGGUAGAUAAAGAAAAAGGUACUUUCCAGUUCUCCUCCAAACACAAAGAAGCAUUGGCACAUCGUUGGGGAAUACAGAAGGGCAAUCGCAAGAAAAUGACCUACCAGAAGAUGGCACGGGCUUUGAGAAACUACGGCAAGACAGGGGAGGUCAAAAAGGUCAAGAAGAAGCUGACCUACCAGUUUAGUGGAGAAGUGAUGGGAAGGGGGGUCACUGAUAGGAAGCAUUAUCCUCACUGAGGCCAAGGGACCCUAAGCAAGACAAAUAUUAAGACCUCCUGGCUGAAAAUCAGCAGAGGAGAUGGACGCAUCUUUCUCUUUGCUUCCUGUGCCCCCUUCUCUGCCUCUAAAGGGCCUAUACCAUCAGAUGUUUCUGGUACGAAUUCCCUUUUUCAGCAUCUGAGAAUCCUAAACAGAAUUCUUUGCUUCCAUCCUACAAAUUGGACAGAGUUGGGAAAUAUAAGCAAUGUACAAAUAUAUUAUUGUCGUGAAAGAUUUUUUUGAUUGUAUUGUAACUAAAGAAUACAGCUGAUGAAGUUUUGCCUUCAAGGGUGGUGCUGUGUCACUCACAGUGACACUGCAUUAGCUUACAGCUUUCAGACUAGCAUUAAUACAGGCUCUGCCGCAGCUCUCAAAGCUAGAGAGAAGUUUGCAGAUCUGAGAAUGAUACUGGUUCUUUUAAAUAGUAAUAACAUGUACAUAUUUAAUAAAAUUUGAUAUAAUUAAGUCCUAGUGUUUGCAUAAUAAAUGAUUACUUCACA